UUCAAAUCUCUUCAGCGUCUAGUGGUGGACCGGCAAUGUUUAUAUAGUUCAUUUUUGGUUGUUUUUGCUGAUUUGGUUGUUUUUUUUUUACUAUAAAAUUUCCUUUUCGAGGGAUUUAAAUUUCGGAUACGAAGGGUGAAAACGUCAGAGCAUUGAGAGCAUGCCUGUAGACGAUGCCUCCGACCUCCUCAAAUACUAUGAGGUGUAUGAAACUAUUGGAUCAGGUGGUUUUGCAAAGGUCAAGCUGGGCAGACACAUUCUGACAGGAGAGAAGGUGGCCAUCAAAAUCAUGGAGAAGAAAGUUCUUGGGGAUGACCUUCCCCGUGUGAAGACGGAGAUCGAGGCUAUGAAGAACCUCAGCCAUCAGCAUGUGUGUCGCCUUUACCACGUUGUCGAGACGCCCAGCAAGAUAUUCAUGGUUCUUGAGUAUUGUCCCGGAGGAGAGCUGUUCGAUUACAUCGUGGCGAAAGACCGUCUGUCUGAGGAGGAGACCCGCGUGUUCUUCCGUCAGAUCGUCUCGGCGCUGGCCUACGUCCACAGUCAAGGAUACGCACACCGUGACCUCAAGCCUGAAAACCUGCUGAUCGACAAGGAUCACAAUCUGAAGCUGAUCGACUUUGGUCUUUGUGCCAAACCCAAGGGAGGCCUCAGUUACGAGCUCAUGACCUGCUGCGGAAGCCCCGCCUACGCCGCCCCAGAGCUGAUCCAGGGCAAAUCAUAUAUCGGCUCAGAGGCUGAUGUUUGGAGUAUGGGCGUGCUGCUGUUCGCUCUGCUGUGUGGAUUUCUCCCCUUCGAUGAUGAUAACUGCAUGGUACUGUACAGAAAAAUCACUAAAGGACAUUACGAAAGCCCUCACUGGCUGUCUCCUGGAAGUAUACUGCUCCUUAACCAGAUGAUGCAGGUGGAGCCAAAGAGGCGUUUAACAGUCAGGCAGCUGCUGGCUCACCCCUGGGUGAUGAAGGGAUACAGCAGCCCUGUGGAGUGGCACAGCACACGUCCGCUGGGACAUAUCGACGAGGACUGCAUCACCGAGAUGGCUGUGACGUUCAAACGCUCCAAACAGAGCACCAUCAAUCUGGUAUCGGAGUGGAAAUACGACCAGAUCACGGCUACGUAUCUGCUAUUGCUGGCUAAGAAGCAGCGCGGGAGACCCGUGCGUCUCCGAGUGGACGUGACCGCACACGACCCUGCGUACUCCCCAAUACAGGAAAUACAGUUGAAAAGGAGCCUGCAUUUCAGUGAGGGUGAAUACGACGAUGAUGAUGACGAUGAUGAAGAUGAAGCCCCACAGAGAGCCGUGCUGGGCUCAAUGGUUCUUCCUGCCGAGUGCUAUGACGACAUCAACUCCUGGAUCCCGUCAACGCCGCGGAACACACAGAACACAAACACUCCGCGCAAGAAGCCCACCUGUCAAUCAUCUGAGAAGAGGCAGGUUGAAAUGGGCCAAUCCCCCACGGUGGACCGAGCGAAACCACGUUCACGGAACGCCGAGAAACAUGAACGGACGAAAGAGAAUAAGGAGAACGUAGCUCUGGCCAACUCAGACGGCGGCGUUUUCGCUCUGCCUGCCCCCAUGACUCCAGCGUCCAAUCGGAAAAGCCGGCGCAACAAAACGUCCACAACGACGCCUGUUAACAACAACAACAUACACAAACCUGCGGGGACACACAAAGAAGCUGCAGGAUGGAAAGUUGGAGAGCAGCAGCAUGGAGGAAAGGAGGUCCUCGUCUUCAGCCCGGAGAGAAGGUCUCGCUCGUUGGACAUGGCGGGGUGUCAGGGGGACAGCGGGCAGAAGAGGAAGGCGGGGAAAGUGUUUGGCAGUUUGGAACGAGGCCUGGACAAAGUCAUCACCAUGCUCACUCCCAGCAAGAGGAAGGGGCCGAGGGACGCACCUCGCAAGAUAAAGGCGCAGUAUAACGUGACGCUGACGACUCUGACCAACGCAGACCAGGUCCUCAAUCAGAUCCUCACAGUUUUACCUCAGAAGAACGUCGACUACGUGCAGAAAGGCUACACACUGAAGUGUCGUACGCAGUCGGACUUUGGGAAGGUGACGAUGCAGUUCGAGUUGGAAGUGUGUCUCCUGCAGAAACCCGAGGUGGUGGGGAUCCGGCGUCAGAGGCUCAAAGGAGACGCCUGGGUCUACAAACACCUGGUGGAAGACAUCCUGUCCACCUGCAGCAUCUGAGCGAGCACUUCCUGUCCACAGUAACUGUUCAUUCCUUCCUUUCUUUAAUCGCUCCGUAUUGUUUCUCUUCAGUUCACAAGACGAUGAAGGAAAACGGCGGCUUUCUGUCUGAACCACUUGCACACUUUUACUCCUGAAUGGAUUUCCAGCAUCACACAGGAGAGUUUUAAUCAGUUACAUACUCGUGUUUACCUUUUAGAUCUGAAAGCAUUAUUCUGCUCUCGUGUCUUGUCCUGUUUGUAUCAUGUUUGUGUCUUUUUUUUUUUUUUUUUAAUUCUUCAAAAAAAAUUGAUUAUUUACUUUAUUAAUGUUUGUGUCUGUUUACAGUCCAGUUUUAUUCUAAUAAAAUUAUUGAUUUGUAGAAGAAAAAAGCAGUUUACAAAAAAAUAAAAAUAAACUCCUUUUCAAAUCGAUUGGUUUCUGAGACGAGGGGAGACGAACACACAAUAUACUGACCAUUUAACAGUAAAGGGUGAGGACACAACAAGCGUAGACCAUGGAAGCCAUUAGGAUGUUGGACUUCUCAUCAGAAGGUCAUGAGUUCAAGUCUCAGCACCACUACCACCAUGACCCAAUACUUUUGGUAAUAUAGUGUACAUGGCAUUUAAUUCUCAUAAGUACCUCCACUGUGGGCGCGUCCCAAACCAUACCCACCGUUCAAAACGCAAACUAGGGCUUUAUUUU